GGUGCCAAUCAAGGCGGACCGAGACCACUGCGCUCCUUCCAGUUCUGCGCUGCCGCCGGGGUCCUGUUGCGCCGUCGCCUCCGUAGCCCGGGUCCCACCGGCCGCGCCUCUCCGCGGGGGCCUCCUCCCGCACCCCGGGCGCAGGCACCAUGUACGGCUUUGUGAACCACGCGCUGGAGCUGCUGGUGAUCCGCAACUACGGCCCCGAGGUGUGGGAGGACAUCAAAAAAGAGGCCCAGUUAGAUGAAGAAGGACAGUUUCUUGUCAGAAUAAUAUAUGAUGAUUCUAAAACUUAUGAUUUGGUUGCUGCUGCAAGCAAAGUUCUCAACCUCAAUGCUGGAGAAAUCCUCCAAAUGUUUGGGAAGAUGUUUUUUGUCUUUUGUCAAGAAUCUGGUUAUGAUACAAUCUUGCGAGUGCUGGGAUCUAAUGUCAGAGAAUUCCUACAGAACCUCGAUGCUUUGCAUGACCACCUUGCUACUAUCUACCCAGGCAUGCGUGCACCUUCCUUUAGGUGCACUGAUGCAGAUAAGGGCAAAGGACUCAUUCUGCACUACUACUCAGAGAGAGAAGGACUUCAGGAUAUUGUCAUCGGAAUCAUUAAAACAGUAGCUCAACAAAUACAUGGCACUGAAAUCGACAUGAAGGUUAUUCAGCAAAGAAAUGAAGAAUGUGAUCAUACUCAAUUUUUAAUUGAAGAAAAAGAGUCUAAAGAAGAGGAUUUUUAUGAAGACCUUGACAGAUUUGAAGAAAAUGGUACCCAGGACUCACGCAUCAGCCCCUAUACCUUCUGCAAAGCUUUUCCUUUCCACAUAAUAUUUGACCGGGACCUAGUGGUCACUCAGUGUGGCAAUGCCAUCUACAGAGUGCUUCCCCAGCUCCAGCCUGGCACUUGCAGCCUUUUGUCUGUCUUCUCUCUGGUCCGUCCUCAUAUUGACAUUAGUUUCCAUGGGAUCCUUUCACACAUCAAUACGGUUUUUGUAUUGAGAAGCAAGGAAGGAUUGUUGGAUGUAGAGAAAUUAGAAUGUGAAGAUGAACUGACUGGGACUGAGAUCAGCUGCUUACGUCUCAAGGGUCAAAUGAUCUACUUACCUGAAGCAGACAGCAUACUUUUUCUGUGUUCACCAAGUGUGAUGAACCUGGAUGAUUUGACGAGGAGAGGUCUGUACCUCAGUGACAUCCCUCUGCACGACGCCACACGGGACCUCGUUCUUUUGGGAGAACAAUUCAGAGAGGAAUACAAGCUGACCCAGGAGCUGGAAAUUCUGACAGACAGACUGCAGCUCACGUUAAGAGCGCUGGAAGAUGAAAAGAAAAAGACAGACACGUUGCUGUACUCUGUCCUUCCUCAAUCUGUGGCCAAUGAGCUGAGGCACAAGCGCCCUGUGCCUGCGAAAAGAUAUGACAACGUGACCAUCCUCUUCAGUGGCAUUGUGGGCUUCAACGCAUUUUGUAGCAAGCAUGCCUCCGGGGAAGGGGCCAUGAAGAUUGUCAACCUCCUCAACGACCUCUACACCAGAUUUGACACACUGACUGAUUCCCGGAAAAAUCCGUUUGUGUAUAAGGUGGAGACUGUUGGCGAUAAGUAUAUGACAGUGAGUGGUUUACCAGAGCCGUGUAUCCACCAUGCACGAUCCAUUUGCCACCUGGCCUUGGACAUGAUGGAGAUUGCUGGCCAGGUUCAGGUAGAUGGUGAAUCUGUUCAGAUAACAAUAGGGAUACACACUGGAGAGGUAGUCACCGGGGUCAUAGGCCAGAGGAUGCCUCGCUACUGUCUUUUUGGGAAUACUGUCAACCUCACCAGCAGAACAGAAACCACCGGAGAAAAAGGAAAAAUAAACGUGUCUGAAUAUACGUACAGAUGUCUUAUGACACCAGAAAAUUCAGACCCACAGUUCCUCUUGGAGCACAGAGGCCCAGUGUCCAUGAAAGGCAAGAAAGAACCAAUGCAAGUUUGGUUUCUAUCCAGAAAAAACACAGGGACAGAGGAAACAAGCCAGGAUGACAACUGAAUCUUGGACUGUGGGAGAAAGACUGGGAUUAGGUUCCGGUUAUCCCCUAACCUAUGGCAAGCCCAGGAACAUUGUUACCCUACGGAUACAAAUUCUUGUUUUGUCUUUUUCAGUGAUCCCAAGCCUUUCUCUUAGGUAUAUCUUUCACUACUCAUUACUAAACUUGAGCUCUGCUUUGGAUUCUUAUCGAGGUUUAAUAUGUUAUCUAAAGUUCGGCUUUAGAUGUGGAUGAUAUGUGCUUCACGUGUCUAAAAUCUACUACAAGUAUUACUCAACAUGGAAAUUUGCAAGUAGUAAGCACCCAAUACGUAUUGGUUGAAUUUAGUUAAAUGAAACUGAGUGGUAUUUGGCCUUGUGUGUACAGACCAUGGUUGACCAAAUCUGUUUCAUGCUUCAUAUAUAUAAGUACAUGUAUAUUUUAAUGACUAUAAUGUAUAACAAACUUUAUAUCAUGAUGGUGUAUAGCAUUAUAAGAAUCAUUUUUUUAAAGGAGUGGAUUGUAAGUUUUAGGGAGAAAAAAACGAUUUAUUUUCAGAUUCCCAAAGUAAAGAUUAGUAUAUCAUGCUAAGAAAAUAGGGACUAUUUUGAAGUGUGUCAAUUUCCCUUCAGAAAUCUAGAACACACAUGUCUGUUGUUAAAAUAUCUGGUUGCUCAUUCAAAUCAUGUGGCAGUUACAAUCCCUGUGAAAUGCUAUUGUUUGUAUUGUAUGUCUUGCAUUAAACCUCAUUAAGGAUGCGCAGUGGCCACAGAAAGCUGCACUCUUCCCCAGUAAGCUAUGACAGUGGCUCGGGAUACAGGUUCAGGCCUCUAACCACUUCCAAGAAUAAAGCUGGGGCACUCGGUCAAUCAGAGCCACUCCUGGCCUUUUGUUCUCAGAAACUAACUUCUUUUUCUUAGUUUAGAAGGAUGUGAUUAUAUCGAGGGCAUCAUGUUCACAUAACUUAGUUUAAUUGCAACGUAGAAUGCAUUCCUAUUGGAAUAAUUGGCCUGUUCUUCAAUGUCUCCAUAAUUUAUUAAUGUCUAUCUUUACAAAUUGUAGUGCGACUACUUUUGUGUAAAAAUGUCUUUAAAUUGAGUAUUUCAUAUCAACACAUCAAUAUAUGUAUAGAUGUUCCAUGUUAAUGUGUAAAAGAAUCUGCAAUAAAUUAUUUUUUCCACUUG